AUGUCCACGCGCAGUUCCAGGCGGUGCGGAUUCGAUUGGCGCCGAUGCAGGAGUUGCUCAUGGUCAUCAAUGGAACGACAACUUGGCGACCAUCAGCACUCCGCACGGCCCGUCACAAGUCUCCACCACUUCUGCCACGGGAAGAAGGAAUGCGUCCGAUACGGCAGAGACAAUCGAAAGAUCCUGCAAAUUCAUGGCGCGCCGGAGGCAGUAGAGCUGUUGCUCGGCGUACGGGGCACACAGGGACUCAAGAGGGGAAUUUGUGGGAGGCGGGGAUUUGUCCGGAGGCUUGCAGUCGCACCAUUUGACGGCGUAUUGAAAUGCAUGAUGGAUGCAAAACCUGGCCACAGCUUCUGGAUGCGUCUUGGGCCACCUUUCCGACGCCGGCCGCGUCAGGUCCCGUCACGCAGACAGCCGUGGGGGGAACGAUGCGCCCUGGGCGUGCGCCAUUCGCGGGGAAGAGAUGUUCAUGGAAUCUUGCCGGUUGUUAGGGCGACUGCGCACGCUCAGUCACGUGGAUCCUCCGGACAGUGA